CUUAACAGCGAGUGGUUAAAAAAAUCAAACUAAAGAGACAUUAAAAAUUUUGCAUCUAGAUAAAGGCUUUUGAGAGCUUUUGGUUUCUUUUUCAAAACUUCCCUGAUUGGGUCGCAGAGGUGUUUUCUUCCUAGUGAGGCAGAGAGACUAGUGACAAUAUUGAAAAGUUUUACACUAGAAAUUCCCACAAAAAAAGCUUACCAUCUGCUUAUUUGAUUCAUUUUCCCUUUCCCCUUUUCUUUUUAAUUUAAAUGACUUAUUGCCCAUUUGACUUAAAUUGCGUCUGUUAAGUACAGAUGUCGGAUGGAGAUUAGUAUCAGUUCACCUGUCUUUACACAAUAUCCUCUGAAGAUAAAAUUUCUCCUUUGCUCCCUCACCCUCUUCCAGUUGCGAAUUUAAUUGGAUGAGCAGUUGCAUUUAGAGUAUUCAAUAGUCUGCCUUUCCAAACAUUCCAAGCAGCCCUUUAGAUACUGAUUAAGUGUUUCUUGCAGAACUCUACGAUACAGGGGAAACAGGAAGCAGCUCUGUGCUGUGUAGGAUGCUCUGAGUCGCCCUCCGCUCUCCGAGGGAACGCUCUUCAGCUGACUGAAGCAGGGAAACCGAGCCAAUCAGAGGGCGCUUUCCUAGCUCAGUCACCGGUCUGUGGUUGAGGAAGGGUUUUGCUUUUUUAUGCUCUGUGUUGGGAAGGCAGAAUAAAUGCCAGGUCUGGACUGCCUCUGGGGAUAGCCUCACCCUGUGGGAUGUGAAUGAAUAGCAUCUUGCCUGGUGAACCCACAGGAAUUGAUAAGGCAGGCGCAGUUCUUCCACAAAGGCCUUUUCUGUCUUUUAGCUCCAGCUGUGGCUUCUGUAGCAAUUUUGUUUUUGCCUGGGAAGAGGCGCUCUGGAUUAUCAGACCUCCAUGUAUGACAAUUUGUACCUGCAUGGAAUUGAAGACUCGGAGGCUGAAGAAUAAUGUGAUGUGUUACCCAAGAUGGUGUGAACAGAGCAUCAAGCCAAUGGAGAAGACUAGGCCUAAAUAGCUGACCCGGUGAAGUGAAAAAUAAAGCCACACCUGGAGUGCCACAUCCUCAGCAGUCUUUCUCAGUGCCAAUGCAUUUAUGGCUGGUUCAGCGGAUUCCUACACAAGCAGGCCGUCUGACUCUGAUGUCUCUUUGGAAGAGGAUCGGGAAGCGAUUCGGCAGGAGAGAGAGCAGCAAGCCGCUAUCCAGCUUGAGAGAGCAAAGUCCAAACCUGUAGCAUUUGCUGUGAAGACGAACGUGAGCUACUGUGGGGCCUUGGACGAGGAUGUGCCUGUUCCAAGCACGGCCAUCUCCUUUGAUGCCAAGGACUUUCUACACAUUAAAGAGAAAUAUAACAAUGACUGGUGGAUAGGAAGGCUGGUGAAAGAAGGUUGUGAGAUUGGUUUCAUCCCAAGUCCGCUUAGAUUGGAGAAUAUACGGAUACAGCAAGAACAAAAAAGAGGACGUUUUCACGGCGGGAAAUCCAGUGGGAAUUCUUCUUCAAGUCUUGGAGAAAUGGUAUCAGGGACAUUUCGAGCAACACCCACAUCAACAGCAAAACAGAAGCAAAAAGUGACGGAGCACAUUCCUCCUUAUGACGUUGUGCCAUCCAUGCGUCCGGUGGUGUUAGUGGGGCCGUCACUGAAGGGUUAUGAGGUAACAGACAUGAUGCAGAAAGCCCUCUUUGAUUUCCUGAAGCACAGGUUUGAUGGGAGGAUAUCAAUAACGAGAGUGACGGCUGACAUUUCUCUUGCUAAGAGGUCUGUCCUAAAUAAUCCAAGCAAGAGAGCAAUAAUUGAACGUUCGAACACUCGGUCCAGCUUAGCGGAAGUACAAAGUGAAAUUGAAAGAAUCUUUGAGUUGGCAAGAUCUUUGCAGCUGGUCGUUCUUGAUGCAGACACCAUCAAUCACCCAGCACAACUUAUAAAGACUUCCUUAGCACCAAUUAUUGUCCAUGUAAAAGUCUCAUCUCCAAAGGUUUUACAGCGGUUGAUUAAAUCUAGAGGAAAGUCCCAAAGUAAACACUUAAACGUUCAACUGGUGGCAGCUGAUAAACUUGCACAAUGCCCCCCAGAAAUGUUUGAUGUUAUAUUGGAUGAAAAUCAGCUGGAGGAUGCAUGUGAACAUCUGGGAGAGUAUCUGGAGGCAUACUGGCGUGCUACCCACACAACCAGCAGCACCCCCAUGACCCCGCUGCUGGGAAGGAAUUUGGGGUCGACAGCACUCUCACCAUACCCCACGGCAAUUUCUGGGUUACAGAGUCAACGUAUGAGGCACAGCAACCAUUCUACAGAGAACUCUCCAAUUGAAAGACGAAGUCUAAUGACCUCUGAUGAAAAUUAUCACAACGAAAGGGCUCGGAAGAGUAGGAACCGCUUGUCUUCCAGUUCCCAGCAUAGCCGAGAUCAUUACCCUCUUGUGGAAGAAGAUUACCCUGACUCAUACCAGGACACUUACAAACCCCAUAGGAACCGAGGAUCGCCUGGGGGAUACAGCCAUGACUCCCGACAUCGGCUCUGAGUCUGCAGAAACAAACGAAAAUUCAUCUGUUGACAAUUUGCCAUAGCCUUGCUAGGAUAAACCCAUCAUCUUAACUUGGCAAGUACAGCACAGUAUUUACUGUGCUGAUGGGCUGCUGUCAUUUGAUGCUAAGUAAGGGGCAAAAAAAUGUACAUUAUGCCCUUAAGUCUAGAUGGAUAUUAGAUGCCCAAUCAUAUAGAUAUUUUUAAGUGCAACAUUUACAUAACAGUACCUUUUGUUUUCUUCAUUAGAUUUAGACACAUCAAUUUGUAAUUUAGGGUACUUAUCAAGGCACAUAUAAAAUAAUUUCCCGCGCUGGAAAUUCCAAAUGACCAGUUCCAGUUGGAACCAAUUUAUAAACCAAUUCCUGUUGGAAUUUGGGUGAAUCGACUGGAAAGUCUACUUGAGCAUGUUGCAAUCAAUUAAAAAAUCUGGGAAAAAAAACCCACAACGAAUUAGUAAGAAAAUCAAAAGACCAGUAGAAGUCAAAACCAGCUAUGGUAUUUAUUUGCUGGAUGCUAAAUUUACACUUAAAGUUAGAAUGUAUAAACAUUUUAAUAUAUGUUAAAUGUUGCCAGAAUGGCUUUUCAAACUUGCCAGAUGUAUUGAUAUUGCCAAAAAAAUCUCAAAUUAAUGCAGAAAUUUUACAGUCUCCUCAGAUUUUAAUAUUUUUAUUUCUUUUCUGGCACAGCUGUUGUAUUCAAAGUGUUUUUCUUUUUGUUUAGUCACUAGUGUUAGCUCGUUUGAAGUUGGCAAAAAAACUCAAAGUUUCUGUAGCAGUGAGAGCAAAUAGUAAAGAGAACUCCCAGUCAUAGCUGGUUAUGUGACAUGGAAAGUGGGGUGUUGUUUCCCCUUUAAUCAAUCUGAGCACAACUACAUAUAUCCAAGAAUCUGGAGUCAGACAGUAAGGAUGGGUAGAGAUCCUCCUGAACGUAGAGCUAAACAUCUCCCGAUGGAAAUUCAUCUAUCCCACUUACCACAAACACGGGUUCGGUAUUUCCUGCCAGUGCAGUUGAAUAUCUUUCCACUGCUUUAUUCAGUCUCUGUCUUUGAGUAUCUGAAUGUUCUAGCCCUUCACCAGAUUCUUUGUAAUCACGCCGGGGAUUUUUGUUUUAUGUGGACACAUUCAAUUUUGAUAUUGAUAGCUGUGUUUAUACCAAACAAUUAAUUGAAAAGCGUGAAAGCAAAUGAUGAAUUUAAAAACUUGCAAUAAAAAAUAAGCUCAGACUCAGAAUAUAUUUGUUCACUAAAAUUAUAGCAUUUUUAUGGCAGAGAAUUAUAAAGAAUUUGGAGUUGAGUUGCCUUAUUUCUAAUGAACACUCCUCUUCACCUAUUACGUCUUCAGAGUUUUUCCAGUGGCUAUAAUUAUGGAAUUGGUGAUCUUAUGUCUUAUAUUAUCAAGGAAGCCUUAGAUUCACUAUGGUCCAAGAAAUUAUUGAAAUUGACCCUUUUAUACAAUACACAAAUGUCUUCAGGAAAAGACUUUUGUUUCUAAAAGUCCAUAAUGCAUGCAAUUUUCUAAAGCUCCAGUAGGACCAGGCAUAAGAAUCUUUUUCUACUGGUGCAUGUCAUGAAGCCUAUUUUUUGAAAACAAUAGUAAUUCAUUUUCUAUUAUCUUAUCCCCCGCCCUCCAAGCCUUUCAAUAUUUAGGCUCUCAAAGCAUGCACCAGUUAAAUAAUUUUCCUGACCAUGAAAAUAAGUUCCAUAUUCUUGAUUAGUUACACAUAUCUUGAAUCUCAUUAUAACCUCUCACAUUGCCUCGCCCCAUUCACUGUACAUACCUCAUUAUGAACCUGUUUAGCUGAUGAUGAGGAUGCCUAUAAUUAUGUAAGUUAUCUCAAAUAUUUCAUACAAUCAAAAAACAUGGGCUCAGUAAAUUCUAAAAGUUAACAUGUGAUACUGGUUUGUGAGGUUCUUUUAUCAUCUAGUGAAGCUUACAGAACUUUCAGUUAAGACAUUUAAAGAGCUGUAUCCAUUAAGCACUUUAAUAAACAUAUAACCUGCCAUUACGGAAUACUUUGUUCGAGCACAGAAGAGCAUUUUCCAGCAAACAAAAAUAUAUUUAUUACAUGUACAGCACAUAUUUGCAUGAGAAAGAAAACAUUAGCCAAAACAUUUUUCUAUAUGCUUUACUGGUUUCUUGUUUGUGCGCAUUAAAGUAUUUAAUUGCAAAGAGUGCACCAAGGUGUAUAAAUUUAGACUAGACAGCUGUUCAGCUUUUUCUGUAGUAGCAUUAGCAAUCUGGUCAUUUAACUACUUUAAGAUAUUUACAUUUUAUGGCAGGUAGCUGUAACAGCACUUACAUAUAUUUCCUAGUCAGCAAGACUACCAUAUUCUUUCAAGUUUUAAAAAUCGUUUGUUUUUAAAGGCUUCUCAAAGCCUUCUUUCUAAGUCUUCCAUGUCGUGCUGAUAAAGAGCAAGGUCCAUUCAAUAUCUGUGCACAGAACCAAUCUGUCAUUUACUAUCAAGUGUCCAUACCUGUUUUGCUUUACAUUCUUAUUCAACAGCUAACAAUCUUGGAAAGGGUAUAAUGUAUAUUUUCUUGAUAGAUAUAUUUAAAUUUUUACUUUAAUUUGGCAUAUUCUUUCCCCUUCCUUUUGUAAUAAGUUUAUCUUCUCCAAAUGAAUAAGAGAUAUGUAUUUUCCAUUUUUUUAAGUCAGAGUUUAUCAUGUAAAUGAUACUAAAAUACAGAUAUAUACUAAAAGAAAAGUUUUAUUUUUGCCAAGCAUAUCAAGCACCUUUGGAAAAUACAUCUUCCAUAAGUACUUUGUUUUUAACUGAUUUCAUUUAAAAAUAGUGAAUGAUAAGCAGGAGAAACAAGUCUUAUAAUGUUUUGAGGCUGUUUUAACUUGUAGUAUCAUCCACAUAUUCUGUAAUUUCAGUAUAUGUAAUUUCAGAAUAUGUAAAUUACAUAUUUUAUAAUUUCAGUCAGUGAACAUGUAACAGUGUAGACUCAUGUGACAGUUUGGAAAUGUAGUCCUGGACAAAAAGGAAUGCCAAUCCUGAUGUUAAUUCUCAAGGCUGUAAUGUGACUCCAAUAUUAUAAUCAACAUGUUAUCUUGUUUACUCUAAUAUUUAAAGCAACACUUAGAAAUGUUUAUAAAUUACGGAUGAUUCUCUCUUAUCUUUAUACAGUUCUAUUGGAAAGAAAAUUGAAAAUAACAAUUUAGAUUGAUAGCCUUUCCUAUUAAGCAGUCUUAAUUAUGUGAUGAUAUGUCAUUGCACUUAGUCCUUAAUGAAAUGAAUUUUUUAAAUAUAAAACAAAUUCUGAGAAAAUUAUUUGUUCCCUUUGAAUAAUUUGUUAAUUACUUUAAUUAUUGUUGUUGUUUGCUAAAUGUAUUUUUGGAAUGUUAACCUCUUUUCAUACCUGCAUACUUGAACUUGUCUAUUGUGUGGGGGCCUUAAAAUUCAUAAUAGGAAGCUAGGGCAGUGAAAGGGAGGGAGAGAAGGAAAUUAUGCCAAAAGAUGGUUUGCAAAUUUAAACUCUUUGAAUGAACAUAUCAUAAAAUAGUGUUGAGACCCAGGAUGUCAGUUAAGGAUAUUUCUAAGCAACCUUAAUUUGCAUGCUAGUGUAUUUUCACAGUUAUACAGUUUUAUUUUGGUAUUUGCUAAAAAAUAAAAACAAUGUAAUGCCACUAUAGAAAUUGCCCUAUAUGUUGAUAUUUAUACUACCUCUUCUCUAGAGAAGACAAUCUGUCUUUAAAGAGAAAAACACUCUUAAUAAGUAGUGAUCCAAUUUAUUACUCUUACUGCUAACCUUGCUGCAAAGCUAAAUUGUUAAAAUAUACUUUCCCUUUAGGUUUUAAAUUGUUUACAUAAUGCUCUUGACACCCUUUGAUUCCUUCCAUGUUAGAGAAUUUUUCUUUGAAUGGGUUCACAGCUUAUUCAGGAAGCAAGGGUAAUUUAAUAAAUCAGUCAUCAUAGGGAACAAAACGAACUGCAAGGGAAUUGCCUUUGUGUGCAGCUUGUUUUAAUAUCUAGCUCUAAGUCUAAAAGAGAGAGAUCCAGAGACUCAAUGUUUAAGUGCAGCUGGUUUGCAAAUUCAAAUGUUGUUGACCCUUGAUUUCUCCUAUGGACACUUAGCCAUUUACUUGGUAAGGAUAUGCAUUAUCUUGGACUCCCAUGUCAUUGGAACAAACGUCAUAUAAAUGUUUUAAAUAAAUGGGAAUGUCCCCCUUAUUUCUCUUAUAUUUCUGCCUUUGUCUUUCAUGACAAUGUUGCAUGUUGUUUUCUUUUUUAAUAAUAUAAAAUUCGUCUUUGAAUGACUAUAUGAAUAAAAACAUUAUAGGAAAUUAUGUAAUAAAAUGUUUCUUUGGUUCCUCAUACCUUUAAAUAUUGUCAAUACUAUAACUGUUACUAAGUUAUUUACUCAAGCUGUGUCUGUAGGGCAGUUAACAGCCCUCCUCUUUUAAAUGAUAAUCAUGACCAAACUAGUCAGACAGACAACAAGGAUAACUCUUUUCUUGCUGACUUAAGCAGUCAAGUUGGUCAAAAUAGUAAAAUUGGUUUAUGUGGGCAGAGAGAGCUACAGCAUUUAAAAAUUACUUUUAAAAAGUUUCUUCUUUUAUUAAAAUGAACUUUCUCAAAUGAAAUACAUCCUCUUAUAGCAGCUAUCUCUGUCUACUUACGGAUGAUUUAAUCCCAAAUGCCUCAUGUAAUUGAGGGCCAUUAUGAGAGGAAUAGAAGAUAUCUCAUCAGAUAAUCUUGACUAAGGGCUGUAACUCCCAUUUACCAUGAAAAAAGUAUAAAAAUGAAUAGGAAUGAGUUUGGGGGAGGCAUAGUUACAUAUGAAACAUUCCUUUGUUUCUUUUGAUGUAUGUAAAAUGUUUGAAGAAAAAUGGUAGAAAAAUAUUAUUAAUGAAUUUAGAGUGGUUUGGGAGAGUACACUGAUGCUUCCUCUGUGAAAAUUAUAAGGAGUGAAAAUGAGACCUAAGAACCAAAAGUGGCUGGCCUCUAGCUUUUCAAUACUUUGUAAGUGUUCUUGGUUAUGUUUUGAACACUUAAAUUUCUCAACAAAUGGCUAUGUCUAUAUUUAUGUAGGGGCCACUGUUGUCCUACUUGCAUGCCACUUUCACACACUUUUAACUGAAAUCAGUGUGAAUUCUGUAUGCGUACAGGAUGUAUUAAAGAGGCAGGAUCAUUAAUGCUAUAUUGUUGCAUACUAUUUUUCAUAUGCCUUACAAUAUUUUCUGGGACAUUAUUAAAAUGAAAGCAUUUUAUUGCCAAAAUAAAUCUAUGUUGUUAUUUCUAAUCUGCAUUAGCAGUAGAAAAAUAAAUAAUGUAGCAAAAACAUAUAUUGUACAGUACAAAAUUAUAAAAGAUAUAUAUUUUGCCAAUAAUAUGAAAAUAGAUCGAGGAGAAAGAAGCACAUUUGUUAUAGCACAAACUUACAACAAAAUCCACUGUUAAAUUUAGCAGUUGUAUUUUUUAAAAGUAUAUGGAUUUAGUUUUAAGUUUUAUCAGAUUUAUUUCAUCUACCAUCUGUUUAAUUUGCUGCUUGAUACUUUUCCAGCAAUUUACUUCAUAGCCUUGCAAUCUGUGGAUGUAAUCUUUUAUUUUAUUCCCUUCCAUAAAACUCAUUAAAUUUUAUUUUGUGAUAAGACUCAUACUAUAUUUAUUGUUCUUAUUUCUUCUCCUUCAAUAACAACUACAAAAAGUAAUGGCAAGUGAACUCAAAGGGCUUCUCUGAAUUUUGGACAUGUUUAAAAUGUUUUAUAUUUUUCACAGCCUAAAGUCAGAAUCAUAUAUAAAGAUGUCCCAACAACAACAACAAAAGUAUUUAGGGAUUCUUCAAUUUGUUUCAUACUGAAUACUAUUUUGAAACAUAAGUUAAACCCAUUCACUGUUUUUUUUGAAGGGGUGGCGGGAGGGAAAAAA